UGCCUCUUUACGAGUCAACUCGUGUGCGCUGGCUGAUAGAGAAGACCUCGAGCUGAAACAUUAGAGCACCAUUGUGCUGAAGGAAGGUGACAGACAAGGUUUAGUCCCCACCCCCCUUCCCCACCCCCCCCACCCCCCCCCCAAAAAAAGAGAGGAACAAAGUGGGCCGCCUCGUGUCGCCGACAGACCACUAAAGUCCUAUUUUUAAUGGACAAGCUUCGAAAGGCGGCGGCGGCGGCGGCGGUGGUGACGGCUGUUGGGGGUUUGUUCGGCUUUUUGAUUUGUAACAGCUUAAAGAAGCCAGUGUGAGCUUCCCCACACCCCACCACCACCACUACCCCCAGUGUGUGUCCCUGCCUGUGCGGUUACCUCCUCGUCCUCCUCCACCGCCGCCGAGACAGUCCCGUCGAGAACAGCAUGGUCAUGGCUGACAGCGUCCAGAAACCGCUGCUCCGGGGUCCCGUCCGUGUGGGCUUCUACGACAUUGAGCGCACUUUAGGAAAGGGCAACUUCGCCGUCGUCAAACUGGCCCGACAUCGCAUCACCAAAACGGAGGUGGCUAUCAAGAUCAUUGACAAAACCCAACUGGAUGCAGUCAACCUUGAGAAGAUCUACAGAGAAGUUCAGAUCAUGAAAAUGCUGGACCAUCCGCACAUCAUCAAGCUCUACCAGGUGAUGGAGACAAAGAACAUGCUUUACCUGGUCACAGAGUAUGCCAAGAAUGGAGAGAUCUUUGACUACCUGGCGAAGCACGGCCGACUGAGUGAGCUGGAGGCCAGGAGGAAGUUCUGGCAGAUCUUGUUGGCGGUGGAAUAUUGUCACAACCACAAAAUUGUGCACCGGGACUUGAAGGCAGAAAAUCUGCUGCUGGAUGGCCACAUGAACAUCAAAAUUGCAGACUUUGGAUUUGGGAACUUCUUCCAGCCCGGCGAGGCGCUGGCCACAUGGUGUGGUAGCCCUCCGUACGCUGCUCCCGAGGUCUUCGAGGGCCAACAAUAUGAAGGCCCGCAACUGGACAUCUGGAGUAUGGGGGUGGUGCUAUAUGUGUUGGUCUGUGGUGCCUUGCCUUUCGACGGGCCCACUUUGCCCGUGCUCCGACAGCGAGUCCUGGAAGGAAGGUUUCGCAUCCCCUACUUCAUGACUGAAGACUGCGAGCAUCUGAUCCGCAGGAUGUUGGUCCUGGAUCCGUCAAAGCGUUUGUCCGUGGCGCAGAUCAAAGAGCACAAGUGGAUGGCAUUAGAUAUUCCGGUGCAGCGACCAGUUCUGUACCAGCAGCCUGUCUCUGCUGAGGGUGAGAUGGGCGUGGGGGAGUACAGCGAGCAGGUUCUCCGUUUGAUGCACAGCCUUGGCAUCGACCAGCACAAGACUGUAGAGUCUCUGCAGAACAAAAGCUACAACCACUUUGCCGCCAUCUACUACCUGCUGGUGGAGCGGCUAAAGGCCCAUCGCUGCAGCUUCCCGGUGGAACAGAGGCUGGAUGCACGUCAACGACGGCCCAGCACUAUUGCUGAACAGACUGUCAUCAAGUCGACUAGCAGUUCGGCCCAGGUGGGCUUGCUCCCACAAGGGGUCCGUCUGCUGCGAUCCCCUGCAGUUUCCCAAGCCACCUCUGAUGCGUUCACCUUUGCCCAGCCUACAUGCGCUCUGGAGCAGAAUUUCAUGCCUGAGGACGUCAACACGCCUAAAGUAAACGGCUGCCUUCUGGACCCCCUGCCUCCCAUCACUGUGCUCCGCAAGUCCUCCACCUCGUCUCCUAGCAACAUGAUGGAGAUGUCGAUUGAUGAGGGCAUUGAGACCGAAGAGCCCGACACUGAGGAGGAUGCGCCCCACAUGCUCUUGGCCUAUCAGACCGCUCGUUUUGGCCAGAGGCGACACACCCUCUCUGAGGUUACUAACCAGCCAGGAACGUCAAACCAGGGUAAACUGUUCGCUCUGGGGCACAACCCCUCCACGAGCAGCAUGGACUCUGACAUGGGCUACGACAUGGGGUCGAUGCAAAGUGACCUCGGUCUGCUUGAGGACCCCCCAUUGCUCAGUGAACUGGUGCUGGCCAACAGCACGGUCUCCCGCGUCCCCCCUACGUCAUUCCUGAGCGCCCGACCAGCCAACCCGGCAAUGGCCACCCUGACCUCGCAGCACAGGGACACCCACAACCGUUCACCCAUCAGCUUCAGAGAAGGACGCCGUGCCUCUGACACCUCACUGACACAAGGUCUGGUUGCCUUUCGACAGCAUCUCCAGAACCUGGCGAGGACCAAAGGCAUCCUGGAGCUAAACAAAGUCCAGAUGCUGGUGGAGCAGAUGGGCUCCGGGGAAGGGCCCGCCAUGGGCUUCCAUGGACCACAGCAUCACUUGCACAACCUCUUGGAGACUGAGGCAACUAAGCAACAGGAGGGCCCGACUUUAUACCAAGGUGGGCCGAAGCCACCUCUCAUGUCCCGUAGGCAGAGUUUGGAGACUCAGUACCUCACCCAUCAGCUGCAGACUAGCGUUUUGGCAAACACUCCUCCAAGCUGCCAGAUGUUCUGUAAGGAGUCCCCCCGAAGUUUAGAGCAACAACUACAAGAACACCGACUGAACCAGAAGAGGAUGUACCUGCAACAGUCACAGGGUCUGGGCCUGCCAGUCUACUUCAAUCAGAUGCAGAUCGCUGAAGUGUCCUAUCCGGUGGGUGGCGUCCCACUGGACCCCGCUGCCUCCCAGAACUCCCCCCAGGUGCCCCUGAUGUCUAGCGGCGGCCCGCAGCCUCAAUCACAGCAGGGGUCCUCGUCGCCAUACAGCCACCCCCUCAGCCUGAGCCCCCUUCUGGAACCGGGGGAGGGCCCGCUUUACGACCCCUACAUGAGUCAUCACCACUACGCCCAGCACCUGCCCCCUGUCCCCCACCUUCAGCACCACCCCCUCCACCACCACCACCACCAAUCGCCUCAUGAAACCUCAGCUACCAGUCUCGGUUUCUGCUACCCUGUAGAGCAGCAGGCCCGGUGCCCCUCCACUGAAGCCCUGCCACCAGGACAGUACAAGUUCCACCUUGACCUGGAUUCGCUCCCCCCUCCCGCCAUAAGAGAGUCGGCGGGGUCGGGGGCCUCGGGCGAGCCGGCCCGGCCCGAGGGUCUGGUUCUGGCGGAGCUACAGAGCCCGCUCCUGGACAGCGAGAUGAUGGAGACGGUGGACUCCCAGCAAGGCUUCGUGCUGGUCAACUGAAGCCUCGCAAGGGGCCGGAUUGAAGCAGUAUUGAGCACGGAGAGCCUGAGCAGCGUUCAGAGCCCACAGAGAGAUUUGGAGACACAAGCAUAGCAAUGGGGAAAACGCAGACUUUCAUACAACCAACGAAAACUGAAUUUCGUAGUUGGAAUGAACCUCUGAGAACCUUUCGUACCAAAAUUCCUCCCUGAGCUGACCUCCUUUUCCUCCCUCUCCUCCUCCUCCGCAUUGGACGAGCGAGGAGCGGGCCAACACGCCGACGCGGUCGCAACUCGUGGCGAGGAGGCUCCAGUGGCCGCCCUCAUGCCACUAGUGAGACGGCAUGAUGCUGAUAAGGUGUUGAGGGCGACUGCAGCAUUUCACACAGAAGUGGUCUGGAACUAGUGAACUGUUUUGGGACUGACUGCCAAUCAAAAGCACAAAAUGGAUGACAGGAUGGCAAGUCGAUUGAGGAUUUUGACAAUAUUUUUAAUUUGCAGCUUAAGGUCCAUGUACUAGUUGGACAACCACAUUACUAGUGAGGCAACGCUGUUCACUUGUUGACAUCUGUGCACUACUAGUACUACUAGUGACUUGCUGGAUAACUGGUAGAAUUGUUUUAUUUCAGUAGUAGUACUAGUAACACACCAUUGUCAAAAGGCUUGCUUGCCCUAAAGCCAUAUAAGCAUUUAUUCGCAGUGGGCUAGUUUCCCUUUAUAAUUCCGCAUACUGGUUAGAUAUUAAAUAAAUGCAAUGUUGCUGCAUUUAGUCAAGAUCCUUGAUAUCUAGCCUAAGGUCCAUGAAUUUACCCUAUUUAUCCUCACUAUUAGGACAAAUUCAUGUUACUUGUGACGCACAACUGCACUGGUUGACAUCUGCAUACUACUUAGGACUCCUAGUGAAGAGCUAAAUUUUGAACUUGUCAAAUUGUAUUAUUUCACGAGUGAUAGGGCGGAGUUGUCGAGUGCACAGUUUUGCCUCACCAUUAACACAUAGUUGUCUUACUCGUAAGGCUGCAACUAACAAUCAUUUUAAAAUAUUUUAACAAUCAUUUAAUGUUGAUUACUUGUUUUGAUGAAUUGAUGAAUUGGAUUUUUUUUUUAAAAACACAUUUUUAAUUUCCAUCCCUUUAUUCAAAAACAGGACAUUGUUUUAAAUUGACAAUGCAGAAAAUACACAAACAAACAAAAAAUUAUGAUUGUUACUAGUUUGGUCUAUAGAAUUUCAGAAAAUGGGCAAAAAUAUUCGUUUGCCAAAGUAAAAGCAGAUGUUUGCAAAUGUCUUAUUUUGAUUCAACUCAAAGAUAAUCAGUCUGCUUCCAUGGAGGACCACAAAAAUCUGAGAGCAUUUAGUGUUGAUAGGCUGAAAUUCUGAGGAUUUGGACAAUUUUAAGUUAACAGGGUCCCUAAACGAUUAAUCAAUUAUCAAAAUCGUUCUCGAUUAAUGUGUUAAUCGAUAUUUGGAGUUGUGUUACUAGUGAGGACAAAGAGCGUACUGUUACAUGGACCUUAGGUUGGAUAUCAUGGACAUCAAAUAAGUAGUCAAACGGGUUUAUGGCAAGCUGUUUGAGCAGUUUAUUCACAGCGCAGUAGUUUUCAUUCAUAGUUCAUCGCACUAGCGGACAUCGACUAAAUGCUCAAAAUCCUACGAAUGUCGUCCUAUUAGUGAAGGCUAAGAGAGUACUAGUGCAUGGACCUUAAAUUGAAUAUCAAGGAUAUGGACUAAUUGCUCAAACAGCUUUCCAUAGGUGAUGGUGUUCUGCUAAAACAGCACCGGUGAGUACUUUCUUAGUGUGAAGAGAACGCAAUAGCCCUCAUUUAUCGUGAAGCCCAGUUUCGAGUGUUUCAGGUGUCACUUUGCACACGAGCAGGUUGUACAGUGGCGGGCACAAUGGUCGGAUUGAUCACUUGCAACACUAACAAUAAGGACACACAAUAUUUUUGACAAGUCGAUGAGCUAAAUGAGACUACACACACACGUGACGCAUUACUCUCGUCAGUGUUUCCUUUGUAACUACUGAACUAACACUACUGAAAGGCUUCUCCACCUUCAAAGUCCAGGAGCGCUCGAUUCAUGGCUCAUGCUAAAUGAGGGCUCCCCAAAGGAAUGUUUGGUGACAACAACUUAUUUUUCUACCUUUUUGUGGCAAUAUUGAAGCAAUAUUAAUCCUCUGUGAUGAUGGUGAUGAUGCUGCACCUCAUCUGUCCGGCCCACUCGCAUAUGAUUGGUCAUACGGCGCUGAUAACAUCAGCAGGAGCGCAGAUGUGAGUGCGUUUUGUUUGUUUGUUUGUUUGUUUGUUUGUUUUGCACAAGUCAGAAAGAAUGUCACGUGACAGACAAGGACGAGAAGCUUUCUCGUGAACGAAUGUAACGGAUGACGCCACACGUGACCACUUUUGGGACCGACGGCAAAGGCGGCCACGGCACGAGAGACUGUCCGUUUUGUUUUUUUUGUUUUUAUAUAUUAGCAGCACUCAGACUGUGAUGAAUCUAGUUGAAGUAUCUUCCCGACACGACGCUGACAUUUAAAUUAUGCGUGUGUGUGUGGUCAAAUCAAAUGGAAAAGUGGUGUCUCUAAUAACUACACUGACCAUAGGAACAGUGACAGACUUCAAGGUCAACUCCAUCAUUACGACCAUUCACAUUUUCCCAUUAUCUAGCUGUCAAUAGCAGUAGCAGACAGCCCUUAUUUACCAAGGGCUAUUGAGGCCAAGCUGAAAAGGAGAAAAACAUAUAGAGAAAAAUAUCUCAGGUGGAGGGAAGUUGCAAAUUGAGUUGAAUUUCUUAGGGUAAAUAGAGAGAUUUACUGAGAUUCUUAGGGUAAAUAAUAGGAAUAAAGUCAUGAUGUAACGACACAAAAAGUGUAAAGUUACAAGGAGGAGAAUAAAGUGACUAGUUAGCAAUUCAGAAUCCUUAUUUUUACUGUAACAUGGCAUUUAAGAAUGUAAUAUUACUAGAAAAAAGUCAAUUUUACAAGAAAAGUCAAAAGUCAAAUUAAAAAGAUGUAAUGUACAAGGAGAGACUAAAGAGAGGAAUAAAUUUGUAAUUUUACACAAAAGAAGUGGGUUUGUGGUAAUGAAAUUGUCAAAUGGGAAUAGUUGUCACUUUAGACCCAAAACUUUUUAGAGAAGAAAGUUGCAAUAUAACAAAUAGGACAACAAUAUAACAGUAUAACAAACAACAAACUUACAGGAAUAAAAUUGUUCACACUCGAAUAACGUCAUAAUGUCACAAGAAAGCGACAGAAGUGAUAAGUUUGUGAUAAAAAGCCAUUAUUUUGCGAGUAAAUUGUCAUUUUAAAACUGGAAAUACUACUGGAAAAAAGUAAUUUAUGGUUGUAAUUCAAAAUAGCGGCACGGUGGCCGACUGGUUAGAGCGUCAGCCUCACAGUUCUGAGGAGCCGGGUUCAAUCCCCGGCCCCGCCUGUGUGGAGUUUGCAUGUUCUCCCCGUGCCUGCGUGGGUUUUCUCCGGGCACUCCGGUUUCCUCCCACAUCGCAAAAACAUGCAUUUAUUGGAGACUCUAAAUUGCCCGUAGGUGUGAAUGUGAGUGCGCAUGGUUGGUUGUUUGUAUGUGCCCUGCAAUUGGCUGGCAACCAGUUCAGGGUGUACCCCGCCUCCUGCCCGAUGACAGCUGGGAUAGGCUCCAGCACGCCCGCGACCCUAGUGAGGAGAAGCGGCUCAGAAAAUGGAUGGAUGGAUAAUUCAAAUUAGCCCUUCGCAAAUUGUAUGCAAUGUACAAGGAAGAGAAUAAAGCCAUAAUCUGCUAAUUCAAAAGUUUUAUAUGAGAAUAAAGUUUAGUCGUAAGCAGAGCUUAGUCGUAAGCAUGUGAUUAAAAAGUCGUAGUUUUGCCAGAAUGAAGUGGUCAUUAAACGGGAAUACUCCUAAUUUUUCUGGGCUAAAGUUGUCCUUUAACUAGAAUAAAGUUAUAAUUUUACAAAAUAAAAUGUGUGACUAUGAGAAUAGUUGUGAUCUUUAGAGAAGUCGUAAUGUUACAAGAAAACAGAAUUUUUUUUAAAAAAGUUGCAAUUAGUACACGUUAUUGUAGUGUGUAGCACAUUACCACUGUUCUAGUUAGCUUAUGACAAUUGUAAAGUUACAAUUUUACCUUUCACUCUUUACAAUUUCAACUUUGUCAUCACAUUCCCAAUUUUUUGCUUUAAAAAAAUGCUACUUUAUUUUCCUUGUAAGAUUACAGUUUAGACAUUUACCUGUUAAAAUUACAACUUUGUCGUCACAUUAAGACUACCUUUGUAUAAUUGGGACAAAUUCUCUGAAAAAAAUGACUCUUGUGACUUUACAAUUUUUAGAUUCACUGGUUAGAGUUACGACUUCGUCAACAUGUUGCCACUAUUCUUGUUAAAUUAUAACUCUUGUAACAUCACAAUUUGGGCAGUCACUUGUUAAUAUUUCAACUUUAUCAUCACCAUUUGUAUAAAAUUUGGUCAUAAAAAAGUUUUUCGUCACAUUAAGACUUUAAAAUUGGGAAAUUUCUCUGUGAAUUGUGACUAUAGUAAUGUUACAAUUUUGACAUUACCACCGUUCUUGUAAAAUUACAACUUUUUUUCUUGGGAAAUUUACAAUUAUUGAAAUGUUACAAUUUUGACAUUCACUCGUUAAAAUUACAGCUUUGUCCAGCUAUAUUACGACUAAUCUCAUGAAAUUCUUUUUAUCAGAUAAUUGCAACUAUUUUCCUUGUAACAUUACCAUUUUGACAUGCACUCAUUAAAAUCACAACUUUCCACUAUUCUUGUAAAAUUCCGAAUUUUGUAACACUACAAUUUUACUGGUCACAAUUUCAGUGUCAUUGUCAUCACAUGCUGACAUUUUUCUUCUCAAAAUUAAUACGACUGCUUCCUUGUAAGAUUACAAUUUUGACAUUCACUCAAUGAAUUACAGCGUCAUUGUAAUAAUGACUUUUUCUUACAUUGACUUUAUUGUCUUACAUUGACUUUAUUGUUGUAAAAUUACAUCUUUCUGAAUUUCUUUUCCGUUUUAGAUUGGCCUUAAUAUUAAUUGGUACCUAGUCGCAAGAAAUAGUGUAUGUGAUUUGUCUGUUUAAAAAACAAACAAAAAAAAAAACAGUCUCCGCAUCAAACUGAGACCCUGUAUAUUUUUUGUUUUUCAUCAAUUGACUAUGAAACUAUAACAAGUGUAUUUUCUCAUAA